GAACCCAUGUCGACGAGCGGCGCGAGGUCGUGGUCGCCGCCGCCGCGGCCGAGCCGGUACGAGUCGCAGAAGCGGCGGGACUGGCAGACCUUCACGCGGUACCUGGGCGCGCACCGCCCGCCGCUGGAGCUGUGCCGCUGCAGCGGCGCGCACGUGCUCGAGUUCCUGCGCUACCUCGACCGCUUCGGCAAGACGCGCGUUCACGCGCCGUCCUGCGCGGCGUACGGCGGCGGCGGCGGCGGACGGCCGGUGGAGGCCGCCGUGGCGUGCCAGUGCCCGCUGCGCCAGGCGUGGGGCAGCCUCGACGCGCUCGUCGGCCGCCUCCGCGCCGCUUUCGAGGAGCGCCACGGCGCGCGUGGGAUCUGGACGUCGUCGCAACAGCCCGACGGCGGCGUUGGCGUCGGCGUCGGUGGCGGCGACGGCGCCAACCCCUUCGCCGCGCGCGCCGUCAGGCUGUACCUGCGCGACGUCCGCGACGCGCAGUCCAGGGCGCGCGGCAUCUCCUACAGCAGGAAGAAGAAGAAGAGGAGCAAGCAGCAGGACGGCGCCGCCGCAGCCGGGUGCGCCCGCCCGCCCGUGACCAGCGUGACGUUAAUGCCUGCUGCUGCUCUGCCGCACGCACCGCCUCCACCAUGUCCGCCGCCGCCGCUGCCGCCGCCGUACUGCCUCACCGGUGUGCCCUUCGAGUUCUGUGACUAUGGCAGCGUCCUCGGAGGAGUUACCGCCAACGGUGCGCCUGGCUUCUACUUGCCAUCGCUGUUCAACACCUUCGGCUAGCUAGGGCAUGCUGCCUGCCAUGUUUGCCGCCAUGCGUAUCCUUGCUUUCGGUUGUUCUUGUGUUCAGACUUCAGAGACGUUAUUAAUUCAUGCCCUAGAGUGUCCUUCCUUUCGCUUGGUGAAUAUGGCAUCCAAAUAAUAUAAUUAAUUUCUCUGUUG